GCUCGUGACGUGGAAUGCGUACGGAACUGUUGUUUGGGUCAGUUGAAUUUGUCGCCGUUUUCAUUGCAAGAGGAAUUGUUGGGCCGAUUAGUUAGUAAAUAAAAAAUGUUAGACUUUGUGGUCAUAUUCACAAAAGGCGGCAUUGUGCUCUGGAAUUCGAACGAAUCCGGCAAGAACUAUGCGGCGUGCAUCAACAGCUUAAUACGUGGCGUCAUUUUGGAGGAGCGAAAUACAGAGUCCAAGUACUUUGAGGAGGAUCAUUUGGCGGUGCAAUUCAAACUGGACAAUGAGCUCGACGUGGUCUAUGCGGCCGUUUUCCAAAAGGUCAUCAAGCUCAACUAUCUGGACACUUUCCUGGCCGACAUGCAGACGGCAUUUCAGGAGAAAUUUGGCGGCAUUGGCCACCAGGAGCGUCUGGCCAUUGACUAUGAGUUCGAGCAGGAGUUUCGGCUGGUGCUCAGCGCUGCGGAGGCUGCAUCCGCCAAGCAGGGCAAGGCGCCGAAGGCGAUGCGAUCGUACAAUGAAUCGCAGAAAUCAAAGAAAACCGUCGCCUCGAUGCUGCAGGACGACAAGCGGAGCGUGACGAACGAGAAGCGCGUCAAUAUACAGGAGAGCCCGCCGGCAACCAAAUCGCAGCCAUCAUCGCCGCCGCGCAGCAAUGCUGAUAUUAUCCAGGAGAAUCGGCGUAAGCUGCGCGAGAAACUGACGCCCACCAAAAAGGCAGCGUCGGCGGCAGCGUCGGCGGGAUUGGAGGCGAAACCGAACAACGACAGGGAGAAGGAGCGGGCGGGCAAGAAGCCGCGCGUCUGGGAUUUGGGCGGCAACUCGAAGGAUGCCAUGCUGUUGGAUCGCUCCAAGGAUGCGCCCGAAGAUGCACAGCUGCAGACCAUUAACAAUGAUCUGGUGGGCACCAUGCAGGGCAGCAUACGGGAUCUGGACGUGGAAAGCGACUCGGAUGCGGCCGACAGCGAGGCGAGCGACGACAGCGAACAGGAGCAGCAGGAGCAACAGGCGCGUCGAGCGCUGACCCGAAAGCCCAAGAGCGCCGGCUUGUUAUCCUAUUUCAAGGGCAUUGUGGGCGCCAAGACGUUGACGCUCAGUGAUCUGCAGCCGGCGCUGGAGAAGAUGCGCGAUCAUUUGAUAUCGAAGAACGUCGCCUCAGAGAUUGCGGCCAAGCUGUGCGAUUCGGUGGCCACAUCGCUGGAGGGCAAACAAAUGGGCACCUUCGACAGCAUUGCCAAUAUGGUGAAGGAGGCGCUGACGCAAUCUCUGGUGCGCAUCCUGUCGCCCAAGCGGCGCAUCGACAUUAUACGCGAUGCCCUCGAGUCGAAACGCAACGGCAAACCCUAUACGAUCAUCUUUUGCGGCGUCAAUGGCGUUGGCAAAUCAACGAAUCUGGCCAAGAUUUGCUUUUGGCUAAUCGAGAACGAUUUCAAUGUACUGAUCGCGGCCUGUGAUACGUUUCGUGCCGGCGCUGUGGAGCAGCUGCGCACGCAUACGCGGCAUCUGAACGCACUGCAUCCGGCUGCGAAGCAUAAUGGUCGCACCAUGGUCCAGCUGUAUGAGAAGGGCUAUGGCAAGGAUGCGGCCGGCAUUGCCAUGGAGGCGAUCAAAUAUGCGCAUGAUACGCGCGUCGAUGUGGUCCUGGUCGACACAGCUGGCCGCAUGCAGGACAAUGAGCCGCUGAUGCGUUCCCUGUCCAAGCUAAUCAAGGUCAAUAAUCCGGAUCUGGUGCUAUUUGUUGGCGAAGCUCUUGUCGGCAACGAGGCUGUCGAUCAGCUGGUCAAAUUCAAUCAAUCCCUCGCCGAUUACUCAUCCAACGAGAAUCCACACAUCAUCGACGGCAUCGUUCUGACCAAAUUCGAUACCAUCGAUGACAAGGUCGGCGCCGCCAUCUCCAUGACCUACAUCACCGGGCAGCCGAUCGUGUUCGUCGGCACUGGCCAGACCUAUGCGGACCUCAAAGCCAUCAAUGUCAAUGCCGUUGUCAGCUCCCUCAUGAAAUAGGAGAUCCCAGCAAUAACUGGGACAAACGGAGGACUUAAUUCUAAAAAACUUGUUUUUACACUUGAUUUUUUUUCGUGUCUUUAUAUAAAUGUUGUGUGUGUGUGUGUGUGUGUGCACAGGCACAACAAAUAAAAUGCACUUUUUACAUUUGUUUGUCGAUUCCGA